ACUCAAGUAUCGCAGUCUUGCAGUUGGAGACACGGUUCAGUUCAGGACUGAGUGCUCAUUCUGCGGAGCCAGGGGUUUAUUACUCGCUCAUUCAUGGCUCCUGCGCGCAGCAGCCAUCGCUUUCGCCACUCCAUGCUCUCACUGUUCGUGGCACUGGCCACGCUGGUGGCCGCCGCUCGGGCUCAGCUGUCGCCGACGUUCUACACCUCGUCGUGCCCCGCCGCGCUCGUCACCAUCAAGACCGCCGUGAGGGCGGCCGUGCUGCUGGACCGGCGCACGGCCGGUUCCCUGCUCCGCCUCCACUUCCACGACUGCUUCGUGCAGGGUUGCGACGCGUCCGUUCUGCUCGACGACACGGGCAACUUCACCGGGGAGAAGGGCGCGGGCCCGAACGCGGGAUCGCUGAGGGGGUUCGGCGUCGUCGACACCAUCAAGGCCCUGCUGGAGGCGCUGUGCCCGCGCACCGUGUCGUGCGCUGACAUCCUCGCCGUCGCCGCCCGUGACUCUGUCGUCGCGCUUGGAGGGCCAUCGUGGACGGUACCGCUCGGCAGGAGGGACUCCACCACGGCGAGCCUCUCCCUCGCGAACAGCGACCUCCCCUCGCCGGCGUCCAGCCUGAGCACCCUGCUCGCCGCAUUCGCCAGGAAAGGCCUGAGCAACACCGACAUGGUCGCUCUGUCUGGUGCCCACACGAUGGGGCAGGCGCAGUGCCCGAACUAUCGGGCCAGGAUCUACAACGACACCGACAUCGACGCCGCCUUCGCGGCGUCGCUGAGGGCCGGCUGCCCGGCGACCGGAGGCGGGGGCGGGGGCGCGCCGCUCGACGUGUCCACGCCGAACGCGUUCGACAACGCGUACUAUGGCAACCUGGUCGCGCAGCGGGGGCUCCUGCACUCCGACCAGGAGCUGUUCAACGGCGGCUCGACGGACGGCCUGGUCAGGAGCUACGCGGCCAGCCCGGCGCGGUUCAGUAGCGACUUCGCGGCGGCCAUGGUGAGGAUGGGCGGCAUUGGCGUCCUGACAGGGAGCAGUGGGCAGGUCCGGCACAACUGCCGGAGAGUGAACUAGCUGCAGAAACGUUUGCAGAAUACGGCAGUUGCAUGCGAGUAUCAUCAACUACAAGUUUUGGCUGGGGGUGUGCGUUCACUUUUUUUACAACGCCGGAUUUCCCACCAAAUCAUGUGGGAAUUAAAAUUAUCCUGUAAAAAUAUUACAAAAUUUCCGUGAAAACCUUUUGCUCCAAAGGGGGCAUGGCUUGGCUUAGUGUGAAAAA